AUGUCGGCGUUGGGCGCGGCGGAGGCAGAGGGGAAAGCGGGUUCCAGGCGGCUCCCCCAGGUGAGAACGAGAAAUGGAGUGAAUGAAUACAAAGAAAAUCAAAAUCUCCCUUAUGUGUCUCUGACCCCAAUACCAGGGACAGUUUUAGAAAAAAACGUUAAGUUUCACUUUGCUGCCUUUUCACUCAGUAAGGAAAAACUAAGCCAAUUUAAGUGUCCCAAAUCAAUAUUAGAAAAAACUUCUAAUGAUGUGCUGUGUAAGAAGACUGAAAUAAAGACAGCUUGCAGAGGGAUUUUAACUCCAAAGAUGGAAGACACAUGUUCCAGGGCAGAAUCCACUUUGCAAAAAUCAUCCUUUGAUGUUCAUCCUGAAAGUAACAAGCGACAGUCUAAGAGCACUUCAGAUGCAGUGAUUCUCAGUGAUGAUAUGGAAAGCAGUCAGGAUGGAGACAGUGAUGAAGAUGCCAGCCCAGUCCUGGAUGACUUCUCAGAAUUGUCACCAUAUGAAAGGAAGAGACUAAAGAACAUAUCGGAAAAUGCAAAUUUUUUUGCUUCUCUUCAGUUGUCUGAGUCAGCUGCAAGACUCCGUGAAAUGAUAAAGAAGAGAGAACCUGCUGAAUACAAGAGAAAGAAACCUAAGAAGAGAGAAAAUGAGAUUGGCUGUAGAAGGUCAAUGCGGUUACUAAAAGUAGACCCUUUUGGAGUCCCAUUACCAGCAGAUCCAAUCCAGCCAGCAUUAGAAGCAGAUGAAAAUCCUUUAUUACCUCCUGGGCCUUUAGAAAUGAUUCCUGAAAAUCAAGAUGAUGACAACGAUGAUGACAAUGAACUGUUUAAAGGAUUUAUACAGACAUGGGCAGAAAUGAGCAAGACAAGUAGUAAGACCACUAAGAAGGAAUCAUCUAGCCUUGAAAGCUACAAAGCCAGUUUAAGUGGCAUGGUCAUCAGUGAAGAUACUGUUUGUAAAAUUACCAGAAAUUCAGUGUUCUCUGUGGCUCUCCACCCAUCAGAAACUAGAAUUUUGGUGGCAGCUGGCAGUAAAUCUGGUCAAGUUGGACUUUGGGAUUUGACCCAGCAACCUAAUGAAUAUGGGGUGUAUGUUUUUCAACCCCAUAGUCAGCAAGUUAGCUGUCUUCACUUUUCACCUGCCAAUUCUGCCCACAUACUGUCAUUGAGCUAUGAUGGCACAUUACGUUGUGGAGAUUUUUCCAGAGCUAUUUUUGAAGAGGUGUAUAGAAAUGAAAGCAGUGCCUUUUCUUCUUUUGACUUCUUGACAGAAGAUGCCUCCACGUUAGUAGUAGGACACUGGGAUGGCAGUAUAUCAAUAGUAGAUAGACGGACACCUGGAACUUCUUAUGAGACAUUUACCAAGUGUUCUAUGGAAAAAAUAAGAACUGUUAAUACCCACCCAAUGCAUAAACAGUAUUUCGUUACUGCUGGAUUGAGGAAUGUUCAUAUUUAUGAUGCAAGAAGACUGACUCCCAAGGGAAACCGACCAUUGAUUUCUUUCACUGAACAUACAAAGACCCUUGCCUCUGCCUAUUUUUCACCUAUAACUGGUAACAGAAUGGUGACCACUUGUGCUGAUUGUAAUCUCAGAAUCUUUGACACCAGCUGUAUAUCCUCUCAGAUUCCUCUGCUUACCACGAUCAGGCAUAACACCAUUACUGGGCGCUGGCUGACCAGGUUCCAAGCCGUGUGGGACCCUAAACAAGAAGACUGUGUUAUAGUUGGCAGUAUGGCCCAUCCACGGCGUGUACUAAUCUUCCACGAGACAGGAAAAUUGCUGCAUUCUUUUGAUGGCGAAUGCCUUGCCUCUGUGUGUUCCAUCAAUGCCAUGCAUCCAACUCGGUAUAUUUUGGCUGGAGGUAAUUCCAGUGGGAAAGUGCAUGUUUUCAUGAAUACGAAAGCUGCUGAGUUUUUGGUUUAG